AUGCCCAAGAAGCAUGCGCCAGCCUACACGCAAGCUAAGCCGAGCUAUGUCCAUCCAUCCCUCCAAAGCUCACGAGCUUCGUCGUCAUCAACACCGUCCGAGCCACAGACCGUCAAUCAGCGCAUACAACAACUCCGCCGGGAGCAGACACCACGAGCGACGCCAGAACAAAGGGACGAGCUCACAUCGGCAGUAAGCAGUCGUACUGUCCCGCCAGACUUGCGGCGCAUCCUGCAUAUACCCGAGGUAAACGCUCCUAAGCCAAAGCCAGGCUUGCGUUCACGGCGAGCAAUUGGCAGUGCAAGACCGCCACCAGGUCCAGCAGCGCCAACCAGCUGGCUUUUAUCUAGCCGCCAUGCACCGGACUAUGUGCGGAAGAUGAGAAGGCAGCAGUCUGGCGACGGAGGUGGCGCGCCAAAGUUCUGUAUGCUCGUCAGAGCGACAGACGAUGAAUACAAGCGCCUUCCACCGAGUCGAAGCCUUGCGGGGGCCUGUUUGAGAACGUUUGCAUUACAUUGGGAAGAACUCGCUGAAUUCGAGCAACAUUACCUCCCUACCGUACCUAUAUCGCUGAGGGAGGCUUUGCUAAGCUAUCUGGCUGCUUUUGGGGCCAAGGAAUGCCUGAACUUCAGAUCAUUCAGGAUAUUAUUCCAGAAUGAAGAGGGUACUGGCACUUCAGGCUGGGACGAGGUUCGUCUUCUGGAUUUCACUGGGCUCCUGAGUGAAGCUUUUACCAUCGCAGAGGUGGGAAAAUGCCUCAAGCGGUAUACACUGCAACUACCAAGUGCCAAGGGCUUGCAAAUCGACAAGUCGACAAGCAAAGGGAAGGGGAAACUGGUAGAGAUUGCUGAAUCCUGGGAAGAGGAGGUCGAGGGAUCAUCGGGUGCCCAGCCUGUCUUGACUGCAACGCUUACAACACCAUACUUCGCCAAUCUCAGCAGGUUAUCGCUUGCGCGCCCAGGUGCGUGGGCAUCUUGGCCAGAACUAUUGAAGAUCUCUUCAAGCCUGAACAAGAUAACACACCUUUCACUCGCUUACUGGCCGCGGCCAUCUACAACACCUAACGCCGCAACGACAUCCAUGGUAUCAAACGUUGCCACAGUCUCACUCGGUGGCUCUCACUUCUACUCCGAUCUUGACGACGAUUGGCACGAAGCCACCAACAUUCUACGCCGUUUCUCGACCAACACAUACUCGUUGCAGUGGCUUGAUCUGGAAGGAUGUUCCUGGCUGAAGGCUUUGAGCUGGCGUUCAGAUGCGCUUCUGUCAGUGUCAAGAUCUGACCACGAUCCCGAAGAAUGGAAAUACCACACAGCAUCGCCUGGUCCAGACUGGAACGAUGCAUGGCGGCGAAUCACAUAUUUGAACUUCUUUCAGGGCUGGAUACCAGCGGAUACUCAAUCGCUGCAGAACAUACCCGCCGGGAUGGUACCGGUGCAACUGAUGCGCUGGCUACGAGAGAAUAAGGCUGACGACGAAGUGAACUGGAAGUUGAAUGCACACGAGACUGGACACGCCGUGACUGAGUGGAUCAGCCGAGAGAAGAUGGCAAGAAGUGUAAGACAGGAAAUUCUUGCUGCUCGACGAGCUGGAGAAGGUGCGUGGUGUCGCAUUGACCACGGGUGGGGCAAUCCAGGUGAAUCAAAGGCCUCGUGA